AUGUCUUCGACACGAAUAUCACCAAUUUUGGAGGCGUGGUACAAGUGGAAGUCGCUCAGACUGCCAUGGCGCAAACGCUUCCUUGUCGGCCGUGACCUGCAGGGCUAUACCUUCUGGGAGUUUCGCGAGUCCCGGGGAAAUGGCCCGGGCCGCUUCCGCCGCAUUGUCAACUAUCCCCGAUCAACCUACCUCUCCGACGUGAAGGUGUCACCGUUGUGGCAUCAAUGGCUGCGCUACACCCGAGAAGACCCCCCGACACUCGAAGAACAAACAAGAGAGGCAUUUAGACAGGAGCGGAUGAAAGUUUUGUCCGCGCAGGCCGACGCGAAAUGGGAGGCAAAGCCCAGGCUUACCGAUGCUCCAGGUCGGCAGACGAGUCAACCUCUGCCGUCUUUGAACACUGCGCAGUCACAGCCCACGGCGCCGGAGCUGGAAACGGCCACUACAAACGCAAAGGCGACAGAAUCGCCAGAGGAUCAGGCUCAAUCUGCGACCGAUGCGAAGAAGAAAUAUGGCAAGGACCCUUGGGCGAAAGCCAGUGGGCCAAGCGAGGGCUGGCAGCCAGAAGCUUGGGUUCCGCCAUCAGGGAAGAAAUAA